UUCCUGGUACUGAGCGUUGCACUUUUCCUUAUUCAUUAGUUAUACCACUGCAUCGUCUUGUUAAUCUAGUCUUUGGUUCUGGUUCCCUCAACUGGUGGUGAUUAUGCGGUUUCGUGGUUCAAAUAAAUCAAGUCUUUGAGCAUCCCUUUCGUUGACUUCACGAAUUAUUUGUUAAUUUUAUAUCAGUGAACGAUUUUAACAUCUUUGUUUCGCUUCCAUUACGGUUUUAAGCUUUCAUGUAAGCUCAGUGGUUAGCGCAUGGCGCUAGCAACGUCAAGAUCAUGGGUUCGAUCCCAAGGGAUUGCACAAAGUCAGAAACAAUGUGUAGUAUAAUGCAAUGCAAAUCGCUUUGAAUAAAAGCGUCUGCCAAAUGCAUAAAUGUAAAUGUUAUGCACGAAUCUAUGAUCACGUGGCGAGUCUACGCAUUUCCUGGGCGGAGUUGUAUGGCGGUCGUCUGGUGGAAACGAUAGCACACGUGGAUAACUUUGUUUUACGAGCUGUUAGUUUAAUUUACAAACUAUUAUCUUCGUGCUUGGCCGUAGUCAGUUUUGCAGAAAUAGCACGAAUGACCUCAGCUUCGCUCCAUUGGACUGUUCGACAACUUGACUUUGCACGAGUUUUAAAAACAUGGCUCUCAAUGUUGUGAGCGCGGCUUCUCAGACCUUGUGCACUCCUGAGAAGAGGAGAAGGCAUGCUUCAGGGGAUGAGCUGUCGUCAGACAGAGACUCCGGUGAAAGCCUGUUUAUAACACAGUCUGCUGCUUCAGAGACCAAAAAGGUGAUUAGGCGAAAACCAGCUGCUCCAUCGCAGUCCGUCUCUGACGAAAAAUCUAAGAAUGGGAUGGAGAACUGCAGCCCAGAGGUCUUCUUGAAAAGGUGGCAAUGUUUAGGUGACUUUAUGAUCACACCAAAGAAACGCUACACGAAACCGAAAAGAAAUGGUCCGAGGAAACGUUUUCGCCCCAUAAAAGCCGCUUUUCCAUUUUUGUUGAAGUCACAAAAACAACAGCACCUGUCCUUACAGAAGCAUCAGGUUCUAGAGAACUCAGAAAUGGGAGGGUUCUUCAAAUGCAUCAAGAAAAUGCAUAAGUCUAAAGGAAGUCCAAACAUGUUGGAGUUUGUGCCAUCUGAUGACUUGGACGAGGAAACCAGCGAUCGUGAAGUCACAGUGGUGAAUAAAGCUGGCUUUGUCCUUAAUAAAAUCAAGCAAAAAUGGCUCACGCAAUCUAUUCUGGAGAGAAGGGUCCAAGAUGCGGAGGACGAGAAUCUACAAAACCAAAGCGAAACAUUGGAGGUCUUGUGUUCAGAUUCUGAGCUUUCGGAUAAUGACGGUUCUGAACAAGCGUACAUCAUCCGUUUGGGUGAUGAAGAAUCAGAUGGCGGUCAUGUGUGGUUAGUUGAGGACACGCAGAGACUGACUCAAGCGGUGCACGAAGCUCCUAGGAUGAACACAGAACGCAAUUCCUCAUCUCUGACACAAGGGGGCGAUGCAGCCAUGCAGAAUCACGCACAACAUAGUGGAACUGAAACUUUAUUGCCUGAUGAAGAUAAGAGCGAGGCUGGAAAAAAUCACAGAAUCGCACACAAAACAGCUGGACUGGACUUGGAAGAAUCAUUAUUGUUCAUGCAGAACAGCGAUCAAGACAGUGACAUAACUGAAAUAGAUGGGUUAACUGGUGAAUAUGUUUCUAAAUCUGGACCAGGAACUCCUAGACAGAAAGGUAAGAGUCGAGCGCAUUCAAAGGCAGCCGAUGAAACGACCCAACAUUCAUCUCAGACGAUCUCUGUGUCUUCUAAAGCUCCUUCGCUGGUCACAGGUGAACAGGAGGAAAAUGCUGACGACAAUCAAUGUUCUGAUUCUCAAGACGCUAGCCAGAGUUUGUUGGACUCGCAUGCUGAACCUACGUCAGAAAGAAAGAAAAUCAAGUCUCAGAAGAAAAGGAAAAAGAUGUCUGGCAAAGAUGUUGAAGUUGCAGAUGAAGACACAGUGAUUGACCCAGCAUCAGGACCGGUUGAGCUUGCGAGGAAUGCUUUCCCUGCUGUUGAAACGGGUGAUAGUCCUUUGUUUAAACCUGUUGAACUGGGCUUUCUUACAAGGAAAAAGAAGAGGAAAAAAACUGAUACGAUACAGCGUGAAACAAAUGUGGAUGCCAGCAGUAAUGACGUCACCGGACUCAUAACCAAACACAAGGACGACGAAAGGAAAUCACGUGAGGACAACAGAACCAACGAAGAACAGUCAUGUGACACAAGCAGGUUGUCUGUGGGUUCAGAUAGCACAGAUAUCUCGCAGGUUAAGAAGAAAAAAGCGAAAAAGCAGAAAUUAGAAGAGCGGGAUGAUGCAGAGCCUAGUGUAGACACUCAAAAUGCCCAAGACAGUGGUUCAGUGUCCCGCAAAGCGAAAAAGAAGAGAAAAUAUGAUAACGCAACAUUUAACCUAUCAAAUGGAAGUAUGGAGGAUUCUUCUAAACCUGGUAGCCGUCUGAGUUAUUCGUCUCGCGGUGAAAAAACAUCAGAGCCCUUGGAGACGACACGUAAUGUGGUGGCUUCAGACAGCACAACGGUUAAAAAGAAAAAGAAGCAAAAGAUGAAAGCACAAGAUAAAGAGUCUGUUGAGACGGCUCAGCACAACGAAUCGCAAACUGCCGUGUUGUCUUCCAAAAAAACAAAGAAGAACAAAAAGACAGAGAGGACGACAUGUGACGAAGAAACAACAAAUGUGGCGGAAAAUCUUGAGAUGAGAUUGAAGCCCAUGAAACCUGAGGAUACACAGACGACGGAGGAAACAGAAGGAUGCUCGUCACCCGGUGUAACACUUUUAAAAUCAGGGAAGAAAAAGAAGAAAAGCAAUGGAAGUGAGCGGCCGGAUGAGCAUCCUGUGUCUCAAGAAGAAAACGGGUUGAGUACACAAGAGUUUGAAGAAAGAGCAAGCGAUGUACGCCAGCAUUUGAAAAGUAAUACAGGUGAUGCAUUAAAUGAUGCUAAACGCAAAAAGAAGAGGAUUGUGUCGCAAUCUGAGGAAACGCCUGAGAGGAGGAAGAAAAAGAAUAAAGGACAUUCAAAUGGUCUCAUUGAAGACAGCAGUGAAUUACAUACUAAUCAUGAGGUCUCUGGAAACUUACUGAGUCUGAUGGCUACACCAUCUGAAAUGAGGCCAAAGAAAAGAAAGAAGAAGAAAAAUGAGGAAGUAAAGGAAGCAGAUCAAAGCACAAGUCCUUUAUUGCUUGCAAAAGGGCAGACUGACUCAGUCAUAGAAGAGAACAAUGCUGAAAAACAAGUCAGGUUUCAUUCUGGAGAGAAAAUAAAAAAGAGGAAGAAGGAUAUUGAACUAACUGACAAUGAUUGUGUCAUGGAGAUGAUCUCUAGUUCUCAGGUAAAUCAAAGUGACACGCCCAAAAGGCCUAAAAAGGAAAAAAAUUCUCAAGACGCUAGCCAGAGUUUGUUGGACUUGCAUGCUGAACCUACGUCAGAAAUAAAGAAAAUCAAGUCUCAGAAGAAAAGUAGAAAGAUGUCUGGCAAAGAUGUUGCAGAUGAAGACACCGUGAUUGACCCAGCAUCAGGACCGGUUGAGGUUGCGAGGAAUGCUUUCCCUACUGUUGAAACGGGUGAUAGUCCUUUGUUUAAACCUUUUGAACUGGGCUUUCUUACAAGGAAAAAGAACAAUGCUGAAAAACAGGUCACGGGUAAUUCUGGAGUGAAAAUAAAAAAGAGGAAGAAGGAUAUUGAAUUUACUGACAAUGAUAUGGAGAUGAUCUCUAGUUCUCAGGUAAUUCAAAGUGACACGCCCAAAAGGCCUAAAAAGGAACGGCAAAAAAACAGAUGUGAUGACGAAGAAACUUGUGCCAAAACUGUUUUGCAGGCAAACAAAAUAAAGGAUAGAAAGAAGAAAUGUAAGCAAACGGGUGAUGCUGAGAACGUUUCAGCGAUGGAAGACCAUUCAGAGUCUCGGACCGAUGAUGUGUCGCUGAGCAAAAAGAAGAAAAGAAAAAGCAAGGUAGAAAAUGUGUCCAUUCAGGAUAUCCAAAACUCUUCGAUCUGCAGUGAGGCUGAAGGAAUUGAGACUUUUGAUGAGGUACCUAAAAUAAAGAAAAAGAAGAGGAAAAUUAUAGUGAAUGGUCAAGUUUAGCAAGCAGAAGGUUUGAGCAAGAGGUAUCACGUUUGUUCUUCUAAAGAACACAAAAGAAGAUAUUUUGAAGAACGUUGGUAACCAAACACAUAGAACGCUUUGACUUCAAUGAUAUAAACACAAAACCACUAAAACACUUCUCAUAAUAUCUUCUUUUGUGUUCCACAGCAGAAAGAGUCAGAUACAGGUUUUAAAUGACAUGAGGAUGAAUGAAUGACAGAAUUUUAGUUUUGGGGUAAACUGUCCCUUUAUUGAAACGAGCAGUUUUGAGGUAAUCUCAGUCUCUGAGACGUGAUAAAUGAAGAUAAAAAAAAGAUAAAUGUAAAAUAUGUUGAAUGUACAGUUUGUAAAAACUUUGGCUGUUUUUUUGUGGUAUGUAUUUUUGUGAAUCUGUUUCAUCUAGUUUUGUGUCUUGCACAGAGUCAUACUCAUUUCUGAAAUAACACACCUUAGGUCCUUUAUUUUUCUAAGCAACAGGACUCCGUUUUAAUAAUUUACUGUGUUGACUCUGUGUAAACAAAAGCAUUGCCAUCCAGCAAGUUGUUCAUUGAAGAAUUUAUUUGUUCAUUUCUAGUUUUGUGAAAGAUUUAUGCAAGCUCUGCUGCAUAGAAAUAAAAAUGCAAUGACAUCUCCCCAUGUGUCGUCAUUGGUAAGUCGUCCGACGUCCCUUUAAAUAAUUUUGUACCUAUAUUUACAAAAACAUCACCAUGUUGUGUUUAUUUGCGACGUGCAAUAUGCGUUUCAUUUUUUCACAUUUUUAAAAUACGGAAAAAUGUCAAAUGACAGAAAUAAACUGCAAAAGUUACAAAUCGUGUGUAAAAUAAGAUAAAAACGUAUUUUUACUUGACAAGUUUUUUUUGUUUUACGGUAUUUUUCUGGUGCCCCAGCUGCGUUAGUUUUGUGCGGGAUUUACAGUAUAAGUGGUGCACUUUUACUUUUGUCCAUGUGUAAUCCGAAAUAUAAGCGUUAAUAUCUUUUAUCAUUUAUUUUCGUUGUUUUAUUUAAUUUUUUUAUUCUGUUAUAAGCACAUUUCCAACGAUGUUCACUUGCGUCAUCUGGUCGUGUUUGCUGGUUUUUUUUCUUCUCCGUCUAUAAUCUCUUGGUCAUAAUAAUGACAGCACACAAACGUAAUCGCUCUCGUUAAGACACAGCACGCUUGUGAAACCCGACCCGUGCACGCUUAAUAAGGAUGACAAACGGGCUCAGGCAUAGCCUUUAAAUAACCAUUAUAUAACAGCAUUCACAACAAGAGGAAACGGCGAUAGUGUGGAAACUUUGCGCUUCGC